UACUCUUGGCAAUGGAUCGGCACUCGGUGCCGCAGUGUAAACGAAGCAAUCGGUAAAGCAACAUUCGCGAGCCGGCCACCACCGAGAUUGCUGAGAUGUGGAUCCGCAGCUUGCAAUGUUCUCUGGCGGUGAUUUUUGCAUGCGCGUUUCUCGCCGGCUCAGAUAGCGUAUCGGCUGGUGCAUACGCCGGUGCAUAUGCUGGAGCAGGUGCAUCUGCAUUAAGCAGCACCAGUGUACUUGAAGACGCAGAAAAUAUUUCUGGUGCUCACGAUAGACAUAAGGGAAUUCGUAGCUACGACAGCACCGGUUUUCCCCACGACAACAAUGCUAACCGUGGUGUAAAAUCUUAUGGCACGCCUUCAGGACACGGCGCCAAUUAUGAUCAUGGAAUAAAAGGCGGAGGUCACGGCUAUAAUAAGAAUGAUGAUUGCUCUAAAUGCAAAUGGGAGAACGACGAUUACUGGGAGCGGGAUGAGCCGGAGGAGGAGGGAGACGAAAACGAUGGGGAUGAAUGCGACGAUGGUCAAUACAGACCCCAUAAAGUGCAUCAUCAUGGUCCUGGUAGAGAACAUAAACCAGGAUCGCAUCCACCUGGUGUACAUAAGACUGGACCUACGGGCGUCUACAUUGAUGAGGGAGGUGGUAGUCCUGGCGGUCCUUUAGGCGGUAGCCCUGGAGGUCCUUUAGGCGGUAGCCCUGGAGGUCCUUUAGGCGGUAGCCCUAGAGGUCCUUUAGGCGGUAGCCCUGGAGGUCCUUUAGGCGGUAGUCCUGGAGGUCCUUUAGGCGGUAGCCCUGGAGGUCCUUUAGGCGGUAGCCCUGGCGGUCCUUUAGGCGGUAUCAACUAUCCGAGCACAGGAUAUUCGAGGCCAAUCAGUGGCUAUGAAACUACUCCAAAACCUGGAUCCAGCUGGAAUACUCCAUCCGCUGAUGCGUCAAAACCCGGAUACGGUAGCGUAACCGCGAGCGCUUUUGGAACAACACCGAGCUCUUGGCCAGACUGGAACCGAGGGACAACUCCUAGUAGUUUUGGCUCUUCGCCGAAACCCGCUUGGGACAGUGGACACGACAGCAGAUUUCCUUCUUCACAGAGACCUGGUGCAUCUGUCCCAAACUUCGACGCAACGACAAAACCUGGACAAGGAUGGCCUACCAAUCAAUUCCCGAGCAGUUCUUCCGCGAUACCACAUGCAGGAAGUGGCAUAUCUUCUCCAAGUUAUGGAUAUCCGCAGGAAAGUCAGAAUAGGCCUUACGGACAACCUGGAACACAAAGCACAUAUGCUGGCGCUUAUGCUGGAGCAAGCGUAACAUCUGGUGUUGGAAGCCCUUAUGGAGCAACCUCUAGCUUUGGAAGAAAAGAUCAUCCAUUUGAUCUCCAUAAGCCAACAAAUACCCAGGCAUCACAAGGACCAUAUGGUAGAACAGAUCAAGCACCCUUUAGCCCUGAUAGUAACUAUUAUGGCCUAGGGGGUUAUAACAAACCCAGACCUGGUUCUUAUAGUACGCCCACAACUAUAAUAAAUACUAUCGGAACUACUAAAGGACCAUAUGAAGGUAUCGAUUCACCUAAAACUGUUCCUGGACCCCAAACUGAUCCAUUUGCUCCUAGAAAAUCACCAGGAUCACCAAGCGGUGCUUAUGAACAUCCGGGUGUCACAAAACCGAGUUAUGGAAGUACUACUUCCUGGUUAGGUCAGACUGGAAGUAGUCCUUGGCAUGGUACAGGUACUACUCCUCAUAUUGGAUUUCCAACGUUAAAUACUGGAUUUGGAACAACUAAAACUCCACUUAGUCACGUUAGCACCCCAAGUUCUACGUUAUCUGCUCCAUACGACAGAACAAGACCGAAACAACCUAACUUUAAUAUUGCGAGUAGUAGCGCAAUUGCAAGUGCUGGUGCAAGUGCGUUUGGAACAUCUCCUGGUAUAUACAACACUCCCAGCAUAACUGGGACUACUUCAUCGUAUGGUACAACACCAGCGUACAGAGGAAGUUCAAGUUAUACUCCCGGAGUCAAAGGUUCUAUCGGAAGUACUAAACCUGCUUAUGGAACUGUUCCCCAUACAUAUCCUAAUAUUGACAGUGGAACCUGGCCUGGAGGACAGCCCGGUAGUGGCACUGGACCUUGGCCUAGUAGAAAACCUGGAGAUGGAAGUGGAAUUACGCCUGGUAGGUAUUCUCCAGGUAUUUUGCCUGCCAAGCAACCUCAAGGAAGUGGAACGUGGCCUUCCGGACAACCAACAAGUGGAAGUGGGACUUGGCCUAGUAGUAAGCAACCUGUAGAUGGAAGCGGGGCAUGGCCAGGCCAGGUACAAUCUGGACCAGAAAGUGGACCUGGAUGCGGUCUAGGUGGAAAUUGUGGAGGUGCCACUGGUUUGCAAGGAGGUAGUAAUUGUGGAGGAUGUUGUGGGAAUUAUAAUUGCAACAGCGGUUGUAGUGGAAGAGAUAAUGUACCAGGACAGGGAUUGUGUGGUGGAGUAAUAGGUCCUAGUGGUGUUAAUAAAACAUAUUAUCCCGCUGGAACUGGCGAUGGAAAUGUUCCAAAUAUUGGAGCAGCAUAUGGACCGGAUUCACCUCAUAAUAUCGGAGCUGGUACUAGGCCAGUUUAUCCUGGAACGCAAGGUGCAAGUAUAACACCGGAAAGUCCUGUGUCAUGGAAUUCAGCAAAUCCAUUCUUAUUUGGAGCUGGAAGAACUACUCCAAGCAGUAUUUCAAAUCCUUGGAUUGAAAAUGCAAAUAAUAAACCAAUUGGUCCAGGAAAUCCUUUUCUCGAUUCAAGUUGGACUCGUCCUAAGCCUGGAUAUAGCAACUCAUAUAAUGAUAGAAAUGUGAUUCCUCAUGAAGGAAACACAAAGCCUGGUGAUCAAAGAAAUCUUUUCCUGAAUAAUGACAGAAGAGGAGAUAACAGUGCUAAUCCUAACGAAGGUGUAAAUCCGCUUGAAGAAAAGAUACCAAAAGGAUAUAAUCCUUUCCUUACACCUUUGAUAGAUGGAAGUGGCGGUUCAGAUAGACCGUUACACGGUAAAUAUCCAGAUAGAUCAGGAACACCAGGAAGUUUUCCUGGUUCAGGAACAUCAGGAAAUUAUCCUGGAUCGGGAACAGCAGGAAAUUAUCCUGCCUCAGGAACACAAGGAAAUUAUCCUGGCUCAGGGACACCAGGAAAUUAUCCUGGAUCGGAAACACCAGGAAAUUAUCUCGGUUCUGGAACACCAGGAAAUUAUCCUGGAUCGGGAGCACCAGGAAAUUAUCCUGGAUCGGGAGCACCAGGAAGUUUCCCUAGCUCGAGAACACCAGGAAAUUACCCUGGAUCGGGAACACCAGAAAAUUAUCCCGGAUCAAGAACACCAGGAAAUUAUCCUGGAUCAGGAACACCAGGAAGUUAUCCUGGAUCGGGAAGCAAUCCUCAAGGUCCAGAUCCAGUACAAUGUAAGCUGGGUCUGUUUGGUUGUGGGGCACCCGGUAGUGGAAGCUACGCAGGUGGCAAACAUCCAGGAGGAGCAUUCGGCGGAAAUGUUGGAACCAGUACUGGAAAUCCAGGAAGCGUUGGCAAUGUUCCUGGUGGGAAUCCCGGAAUUGGGGGAUUCGCUGUCGGCGCAGAUCAUCCAGGAUCAGGAGGGAAUAAUUUAGCGUCGUCCGUUAGCGGUGCUCAGGCGCGAGCUUACGCUGGAUCUUUCAGUUCUGCUCAAGCUUCCAGCUCCAGUUUUGCCGACUCUUUUCCCGGCGCGCCAGGAUCCGCCGAUAAUUUUGGUGGAAAUUUGUCUCCUAAUGGAGCACAAAAUCAAGGCGGACUUAAUUCCUGGGCUUCCAGUGGUGCCUCUGCUUUUGCCAGUAGUAGUGCCGGAAGCUGGUCAGGAAAUCAUCCUAUCGACGUGAAGGGUUAACCAGUUUAAUCGAAAGAUAAAUAUUAAAGUAUAAUAAAUACAGACGAUGACAUAAUUCUGAAAUAUAUUGUAAUAUAUAUUUGACGUCUCGUCAUUUAAUCAUAAAAUGUUUAACGUCUGUCAUGUAAAGCUUCAUGUAU